AUGAUUACUUUAGCGAUUUUCAAACCUCACUGCCUCAAAAAUCCGAUCGCGUAUGAAACAAUACAGCAAAUGGUCGCCGCCAACGGGUUGAAGAUAAUUGCAAGAAAACGUAUAAGUCUUUCGCGUCCUGAAGCGGAAAAGUUCUAUGAAGAGCACAGGAACAAAUUCUUCUUUCGCCGGCUUGUAUCUCUCAUGACCAGUGGACCUUCGGAAGUCGUGUUGCUAUCGGGAAAUGAUGCAAUUCAACAGUGGCGCAAUUUGAUGGGUCCUACCAAGGUUCUCAAGUCGGUUUACACACAUCCGGAAUGUAUACGCAGUUGUUUCGGUUUAUCGGACACACGAAACGCUACACAUGGCUCGGAUUCCGAACAAUCGGUAAUUGCUGAGAGAAGAUUCUUCUUCGGCGACAGGAAUGUCUAG